AUGUCAACUGCGGCAAUUGUCGAUGCUCAAAAAAAUAUUGCUCGUUAUGGUUUAUCUAUUCUUCUCGUUUUUGGCAAUAUAGGCAACAUUCUUACCAUCAUUGUCUUAUCUAAAACUACAAAACAAAAGCCAAACUCAUGCUCAUUCUACCUACUCUCCGCAUGUAUUUCCAACUGGAUCGUCAUCAACACUGCUCUUGUCUCCAGCAUCGUCGGAGUCGAUCACAUCGAUCCACAAAAUACAUCGAAUGCCAUCUGCAAACUCAGAUGGGCUGGCACUCAUGCCCUUCUCAUGCUCUCCAGAAGCUUCAUGAUUGCAGGAUGCAUCGAUCGAUGGGCACUCUGCUCACAAAAUGCAACUAUCCGAAUGUUCAGUCGACCACGCAUCGCCAUCCGAGUCAUCAUCAUUCUCGUCAUCGUCUGGACUCUGAUUCCUAUUCAUCUAGCAGUCUAUUUCAGCAAUAAUACUGGUCGAUGUGUUGCACUUGCAGGCACUUAUGCGUUCUUCUAUGCCAUCUAUUCGUUGAUCGUCAUCGGUAUCAUGCCACUGUUUCUCAUGAUGUUCUUUAGCUAUCUGGCUUGGCACAACCUACAAGCGAUUCGAUCUCGAGUGACACCGACACAAGGUACAGUCAAUCCGGUGAGUCAACACGUACAAAUCCAUAAACGUGAUCGCGAUCUGAUGAAGAUGCUGAGUGGUGAAGUACUUGUGUAUUGUAUAACAACGAUUCCGUAUCCGAUCAACUUGAUAUACAGUGUGUCGACUGCUUCUAUAGCUUCAACGAAGAGUCCGAUUCGGUUGGCGAUAGAAUCGCUGGUCGGAUACAUUAUAACUCCAUUAUUGAACUUCAUGUACUGCUGCGUACAAUUCUACGUGUACGCAUUUGCAUCCACCAGAUUUCGGCAAGAAGUUCGCUGUCUGUUUUGUUCGACACCUGAGAAGAGUAAUCGUCUGGUGGGUGACACAGCACAAUCGGUACCUGGAACAACUAGACGACAACUGAAUGAAAACACUUAA